UUAAAUUAUUUUUUACUCAUAAAUAUAUUAUAAUAAAUUUUUUUAUUUCUUAAAAUCCCUUCUAAACUUCAACAAUAUAAAAAAGUAAAUUUGAUUGGAUCGCGGUACGAAGCAGCGCCUUAACAAAUCAUAUCAGAACUCGUAGGACAACAACUGACCUGGAUCCUCCACAUGGCGGUGUCUCAUUGGCUAUCUUGCAAAGGACCCUACCGUUUGUUUUUAAUUAAUGGCAACGCAAAGCCCAGUCCAAAGCUGAAAAACAGUUUUGGCAGAGGUUGAUUAGAGAGUAAAAAAUAAAAAUGGCCGAGAAGUAGAAUGGAAGAUCGAUGCAGAAAGAACAAGAGGAUGAUGAAAUAUAUAUAGAGCACUCCAUCUCCAUAAAGCUUUUGUUUUUGGCCUUCUUUUCUUCUUUCCAUUCUUCAAAGAUUCCAUCCAUUUCUGGUCCCCCACCAUUCCAUUCCACAAUCAUCUCCUCUCCUUUUUAAUUUUUGUUUUAAGUAUUUCUUAACAUGGCAUCUGCAAUAACAGUAAAUAAAGGUGAUUCCUUUUGUUUUUCAAAAUCAAUAAACAUCAUCAUAUCAUUUUUUAGCUAAACAAGACAGAUAGGAAGCUGUGUUUUUUAUAUAUUUAUUGAAAAAACAAAAGUGGGUCAUUCCCAUUUCUAUUGAAUUGAAUAGAGAAGUGAUCAAAGGAACCAGAGGCUGGUGCUGGUGGUGGGUCUUUGUCUCAAGUUAUCAUCAUCUUAGCCUUGAAUCCAUAAUCAAUCAGGAACUUAGCCGUCCCCAACGCCUUCACUAAUAGUUGCUGUAGACCGUGUGCCAAGAUUUUGAAACAUGGCUGGGAUUGAUGAUAACGUUGCUAUAAUUGGUGAUUGGGUACCUCCUAGUCCAAGUCCAAGAGCUUUUUUCUCAGCAAUGUUAGGUGAUGAUAUUAACUCAAGAACAAUCCCAGAAUCUCCUGGGGAGAAAAGAAAUGAAGGGCUCUAUCUGGGACAACCAGAGCAGAUGGCAACAGGAAAUUCUGAGAAAAAGGAUGGAGCACAAACUAGUGGUGUUCAGUUGACUGAAUUAGGUACAUUUUCUGAGCAAAAAUCAAACUUUCGUGGAGGUCUUGUUGAAAGAAUUGCAGCCAGAGCUGGAUUUAAUGCACCGCGGUUGAAUACAGAAAGUAUCAGGUCCACUGAAAGUUCUAUGAACCCUGAGAUUAGGUCGCCUUAUUUGACAAUACCACCUGGUCUCAGCCCGACAACCUUGCUGGAAUCUCCAGUUUUCCUUUCAAAUUUGGCACAGCCAUCUCCAACAACUGGAAAAUUUUCUUUUUUUCCAAAUGGUAACACCAAGAACUCCACAGUGGGCUCUGACCCUCCUGAUAAAAGUAAAGAAACUUUCUUUGACAACAUUGAUUCAUCUUCAUUUGCGUUCAAGCCUAUGGGAGAAUCAGGUUCUUUUUUCCUUGGUGGAACAAGCAAGUCGCAUGGUGUGGAACCCGCCAAAACUCAGUUUGAGAGUAGAAACAGCCUCCAUUUCCGAGCAGAAUUCUCCAAAUUGACUACUGAAAAGGAUAAUGGAUGUAUUACUGUAGCAGAUCAGAGGACCUUUGACACUGUUGCUGGCAACGCCGAGCAUUCUUCCCCUCUUGCUGAGCAACAAGAUGAAGAAGGAGAUCAAAGAGCCAGUGAAGAUUCAAUGGCUGCUGGAGGCACACCAUCUGAGGAUGCAUAUAAUUGGAGAAAAUAUGGGCAGAAACAAGUAAAAGGCAGUGAGUAUCCACGGAGUUAUUACAAGUGCACGCAUCCAAAUUGCCCAGUUAAGAAGAAAGUGGAACGUUCUCAUGAGGGCCAUAUAACAGAGAUCAUAUAUAAGGGGGCACACAACCAUCCCAAGCCACCACCCAACCGGAGGUCAGCCACUGGAUCAAUGGAUACACAACUGGAUAUUCCUGAACAAGCUGGGCCACAGGUUGGUGCUGUUAAUGAUUCGGUUUGGGCAGGUACACAAAAAGGAACUGCUGCAGGAACUCCUGAUUGGAGGAAUGACAAUGUCGAGGUUUCAUCUUCAGCAUCUGGGGGCCUAGGCCCUGAAUUCGGGAAUCCAUCUUCCUCGGUACAGGGUCAGAGCGGAACUCCCUUUGAGUCAGCUGAUGCUGUGGAUGCCUCGUCUACCUUUUCAAAUGAUGAAGAUGAUGAUCGGGCUACACAUGGCAGUGUAGGUUAUGAUGGUGAAGGAGAAGAAUCUGAGUCCAAGAGAAGGAAAGUUGAAACAUAUGCAACCGAAAUGAGUGGAGCCACCAGAGCAAUCCGUGAGCCUAGAGUUGUGGUCCAGACAACCAGUGAGGUGGAUAUCCUUGACGAUGGAUAUCGCUGGAGAAAGUAUGGACAGAAAGUUGUUAAAGGAAAUCCAAAUCCUAGGAGUUAUUACAAGUGCACUAGCGCAGGCUGCACAGUGAGAAAGCAUGUGGAGAGGGCAUCGCAUGACCUUAAGUCAGUGAUCACUACGUAUGAGGGGAAGCACAAUCAUGAUGUCCCUGCUGCUCGCAAUAGCAACCAUGUCAACUCUGGCACCUCUAAUGCCACACCAGCCCAAGCUGGCAUCGCAGUUCAAACCCAAGUUCACAGACCUGAGGCAUCCCAAGUUCACAACAGCAUGACUAGUAGAUUUGAGAGGCCUCCUGCAUUUGGAUCCUUCAGGCAGCAGCUGGGGCCUUCGGCUGGCUUCUCAUUUGGAAUGAAUCAACCUGGGUUUGCCAAUAUGGGAAUGGCUGGGUUAGGUCCAGGGCAACCAAGGAUGCCAGUUAUGCCCAUGCAUCCAUACUUAGCACAGCAACGUGCAGUGAAUGAAAUGGGGUUGAUGAUGCCGAAAGGAGAAGCAAAGGUGGAGCCAGUGACUGAAGCUAAUAUGAGCCUGUCCUCCAACAAUCCAACAGUGUAUCAGCAAAUAAUGAGUAGGCUGCCUCAGAUGUAAAAUUUUUAAUUUCUCUAAUAUGUUAUCAAAACGUUUAUUUAUUAAUUGUUGUUAUGAUUUUUGUCGUUGUUACAAGGAAAAUAGGAACAUAUACUCCUAUCUAUCUAUAUAUUAUAUAGAAAAGGGCAAAUGCCACAAGUUAUUUGUGUU